UCACCAACCGGAGUUCCGCGUGUUCGGAAAUGCAGUUAAUAAUAAGCGUGUUACUGUAACAUAAUGGAAAACCGAGGAGUUUUAGCGAUAAUAUUUGAUCUGGACAAUACACUGAUCGAUACAGCCGGCGCGGGACGAGUGGCCAUUCAGAAGGUCUGCGAUCUGCUGAAGUCUACAUCUGUGCAGGAAGACCACAUCAGACACAUCUGUGAACGCUUUUUAAAAAAGCUUCUCCAUGAACAGUUCGACCCAUCAAAAGGCAGAACGAUAGACGACGUUAGGAUCCAUCACUGGUACGAAGCUCUGCAGGAGACCCAAGGCACAGACCCGGAUCCAGAUCUGGCUUCCAGGUGCUAUUACACGUGGAAAAACACACGCUUGCAGGUGCUGAAUCUGUCUCCUAAGGUUCAAUCUCUGCUGAAGGAACUCCAGAAAAACUACAAACUGCUGCUGCUCACCAACGGUGACACUCAGACCCAGUGGGAGAAGAUAAAGGCGGUGGGAUGUGAGGAUUUCUUUAGUGCGCUGGUCGUGAGUGGAGAUCACCCUGAGGAGAAACCGGCUCUCUCAAUCUUUACCUACUGUUUUGAGAGUCUGGGAGUUCAGCCGCAGGACUGCAUCAUGGUGGGCGAUUCUCUCAGUACGGACAUCCAGGGUGGCAUCAAUGCAGGAGUGAAGGCAACUGUGUGGAUAAACAGUGGAAGUAAAUGUAUCCCACAGAGUCAUGUGACUCCAGACUACACCAUACCUAGCGUAUUGAAUCUAAUGGAUGUUCUAGCUAAACUGUCUUGACGUUAUACCACAGGGCUAUUGAAUGCUUUAUUCUGAUUGGAUGAAAUAUGUUCCACCACGGCUAUGCAUUAUUUUUCGAUAAACGCACACCGAACCUGCCAAAUGUUUUAAAAUAACCGUCAGAGCAAUGUCUUCUGUGGUAACCGUGGUAUAAGCAUAAUAAUUGAGUCCGGUCUUUUGAAUUUUUUUUAAAUAAUGCACACCCAAGGUGAAAAUACUGUGCGUUUUUUUCCAAAUAAUUUAACAGCUGUCGUUUUUUUUUCUUUACAUAAAGUGAAGUGUUUUUGCACCUCUAGCCUAAAGUGAAGUGUUUUUGCACCUCUAGCCAUUGUAUAAAUUGUCAAAGAUUUUGGGGGUCCCCUAGCUUAUCCCCCCUCAUUAUUAUAGGGUCGCCGUGAUUUCACAAAGUAAGAUAUGAUUCUGGAGCAACAUUUUCUUUGCAAAGGGUCAUUUGGGACAAAUUAAUGGACAUUAUCGCUUUGUGGCUGCGCAGCAUGAUUUUUAAAUUUAUGUAGUUUUUUAAUUUUAAUAAAAACGAGGGGACCCCUCUAAUUGAUAUUUUUCUGCUUUAUUGGGGGUCCCUCAAUGCUUAUAGGAGGUCUGGACCACCCUAGCCCCCCCCUCUCAACUCGAACACUGCCUCUAGUUUUACUAAAUUAAUCUGCAAAAUAAUUAUUAUAUUACAAACUGGAAACAUUAAAUGGAUUACUUGAAUGAUAGGUGACAUUGAUGGUUAAAUCAUUUAAAAUUAAUGUCAAUGUACCUCUGAUUUGAUUUUUUUAUAUUUAAAUGAUUUUAAAACAAUCUUAAAUCUUGAUUUAAACUGACGGUCACGUUCAAUGUCUAAAUAAAAUUUAAUCAAUCUUUAAAGUCUG